CUUCGCAGCAACUUUCCACCAGCCAGAUUUCCCAGCAAUCACCGUGGAACUCCAUCGCAAUGGCGCCAAUGAGUAACCAAAGUAUAAAUUACAGUAGUAAUUAUGGCGAGGACUUGACUGCCCGCGUCAAUGUCCUUGCCUCCUGCUAUGUCGUGGACUCUGCCGCGAACCUCAAGGGCCUCCACUACUGCACUACGGGGUACACUAAUCUUCUCUCUUCGCUGUCUCUACAGGGGCGGAGUGGUAUUCCUGAGGUCCCUUCCUCAGGCCUGCCUUCUCCUCCUUCAAGUCCCCCCCUCGCCGCACUAACCUCGUCCAACGAGCUCGCCCUUCUUCCUAAGCAGAAGAAGCGCGACAUUCCGGGCCGCCGCCUGGAGCGACGAGGGGGGGCAGCACUCAUGAUCAGGGAAGAAUGUGAGAGAUUCUUCUGUGAGACCAUGAAGACCGUGUUCCUUGGUGAGAGGAACCUGUCUACUCAUGGCUCCGGCUUGACAGGUGCUUAUUUGCAAUCGCCGCCACCAGACAACCACCUCGCGGAUCCAUUCAACCAGGGCCCGGACGAUGUUCCGGCUGGCCCGCGGAUCGAGGCCUGGAUGGAAGUCUGGGACUACGCCGGUGGAGCGAGCUUCCGCGCCUUUGUGGCUGACGAUGGGAAAGAGAAAUCACUUUUCAUCUUCUUCGACACCGAGGGCGUGCUGGGAAGAGACUUGAAAAAGGCUCUUAUGGCGCUCAUCGAACUUGCUGAUGGUCCUCUGGCAUGUAGCCAGAUUGUCACAUGUCUUGAUCGCCGCAUGCCUGCGGAAAAUGCUCACGACCUAAUCAAGAGCCUUCAAUGGGUUGGCUUCGACAUGGCCACGCUGGAUCACUGGGCACACGACCUGGACGUGACCAGCACCCAGUGGAUCUUUAUGGGUAUGGAGCUUUAGUCUCCUGCACCCAAUUACUUCUUUUCUUUAUUCGCUAUUUUUCUCUGCCCAUUCGUCAUUGAGAGAACAUAUUGCCUCGUUUCGUAACCGGAUUGAUUUCUUUUGCGACCUGCCUAUUCCGUGUUUGUAUGUGUUGAUUGUGCAUGACCAGCAGAGGGGCCAAACGGCGUUGGUAGUGAUUCCGCCUGUUUCCAUGGUUCUAUGGGCCUAGAACGGUAAUCAUACUCUUCAAAGUUUUACUUUUCUUUACGUUGGCGCUGUUGGCAUUUCUGCUUGUUGGUCAUUGUUGUUUUUGGUGCGACCUGCCUCUGAAAAAAGUGUCUACAUUUUGUUUCUUCUGCAUUUGGAGUCGCGGCUCAUAAGGAUUAGACUGUACUGGAGUAGUCCGGACGGGUUUAGGCCAAGCAGUUAUUCAGGUAGUUGCUAGUGAUGGCUUAAGAAUGGAAUAUUUUUCAAGCUUCUUUCAUACAUCUCCCACAUAAACUAUCAUUAACAUACAAGUAUCAUGUACCAUAUACAUCUUGUGAAUAUUCUAUAACAACUUUUCUCUCUCUCUGUAGCCAUCUCUAAAUCAUAGGUCUCCCUCAAAUUGUCGCACCACU